AUGUCCUUCAAUGACCGUCGCGCCAGCCAUAUGAGCGCUCCUCGACCCCGCGUUGCUUCCAGUCGCGUCGAUGCGGACAGGCCGAGUCGCGGCGCCGCAUCGCCGCUCGAAGACAUGGACCCGCGCACGAGUACCUCGAGCCAGAAACACAGACUGUCUCGAGAUCAGAAACCUAUGUCUGAGAAGCACACCGAGCGUACUGUGAUCACAACAAAGGAGAAAGCGGUGCGGAGGAAUCUCCCCAAAGAGUUCAACGCAGAGGGCGCGAGUCCUGGUAGUAAGAAGAGGGAGCCUGUGGCAGAGCAUGCGCCAUGGAAUCCGCACGCAUCUCUCAUCCCACAUUCAACGGCUCCGCUCGCCUCCCGAGUAUCUGUUCCUCCGUCUGCCUCGGCAGCACCUCAGUCGCUCCAUCCCCGACCAUUUAGAGAACUAUCAUCGGAGGCGCAAGAGGCUGCGAUCCUGGAGGAUCUGCUUUUCGUCUUCAUGGGCUUUGAGGGCCAGUACAUCCACUAUCACAGCUCAUACGAUCCAUCCUCCGAGAAAGAUCGCCUGACCGGUCCGGUAUUCCAGUUCGCGCCGGGGCUGGAUCCCACCUUGCGGGAUCUCACACAGUCUAUGUUGAAAAUGGCGACUCAUUACAGUGCCAUGGAGGCAUUUGUCGAGAUCCAGAGUCGCGCCGAAUACGGAGCUGUCAGCCAUGCUCUCUGCGCAGCCAUUCGAAAAUUGCUCAAGGACUACCUGAUUCUUAUUGCUCAGUUGGAAGGCCAAUUGCUAAAUAACCCCACUUUUACUCUUCACCAACUUCACCUCCAUACUAUGCCGACUAGUCAAUGCCUUGUGCAGCUGUACUCCUUGGGACAGGAGCUUCUUCGUCGCAAUGGUCUACUAGAUCAAGACCUUGACGAGUCCAUGGAGGAUUUUGGUGACGUUGAUAACAUCCUGGAGCAACUUAAGGAAGGAGGCGAUCUUGUGCCGGGCGCCAUGUCUAGCAAGAAGAUUUGCAAGGGCGGCAAUAUUUUGAGGCUUCUUACCGAGCGUUUGGCUACCUUCUCCGGUGACCCGACGACAAAGACUCUAAUACAGUCAUUACUACGCGACGCCAGUCGGCCAUACAUGAACAUGCUGAACGAGUGGCUGCACCAUGGCGGCAUCAAGGACCCCCAUGCUGAGUUCUUGGUGAAGGAGCAAAAGUGGAUCAAACGAGAGAAGUUGGAGGAAGACUACACCGACGAAUACUGGGAGAAGCGUUACACGAUUCGUGACAAAGAGGUUCCACCGCAGCUUGACAGCGUUCGAGAUAAAGUGCUUCUGGCAGGCAAAUAUCUCAACGUGGUGCGAGAAUGCGGUGGUGUCGAUAUCAGCAAAGCCGUUCAAGAUGUCCCCAAGACCCUCGAUGAUCCACGCUUUCUGGAGAAUGUGAAUGCAGCAUACACAUACGCUAAUGCCUCCUUGCUCAACCUUCUCUUAACGAAAAACUCCCUCACGACUCGAUUCCGCUCCCUGAAGCAUUACUUCUUCCUUGACCGCUCCGACUUCUUUUCGUAUUUCCUCGAGCUCAGCGCAUCGGAGUUGCGCAAGCAUGCACGAAAUGUGAACGAGGGCAAGCUUCAGUCUCUACUGGAUAUCGUGCUGCGCCAGCCGGGGAGUAUCGCUGCGCAAGAUCCUUUCAAAGAAGAUGUCAAGGUGCGAAUGAACAAGAUUGGUCUCACAAAGUGGUUGAUGGAGGUCGUGAGUGUCUCAGGUAUGGAUCAAGAGAACCCGCAAGCGUCUGUUGAGAAGCAACAAGCCUCUGCAGCUCAGACUGCCGAUGACGACAAGGAUAUAUUGGGAUUCGACGCUCUGGAGCUGGACUACUCCGUACCGUUUCCCUUGUCUCUUGUCAUCAGUCGCAAGACGGUCCUGAGAUAUCAACUUAUUUUCCGACACUUGCUGUCACUGCGACAUCUGGAGACACUGCUGGUCACGUCUUGGGCCGACCACAACAAAACGACCAGCUGGCGACACAAGUCAUCGGACCGUAGGCUGGAGAUGUGGAAGCGACGGGCAUGGAAUCUGCGCGCAAAGAUGCUCGUAUUUGUGCAGCAGCUUCUAUACUUUUGCACGGCCGAAGUUGUGGAGCCUAACUGGGUGGGACUGAUGGAACGAGUCAAUGGAGCUAGUGCCGGGACUGAAUUGACUGUGAACGGACGGAAACAGGCCACCCGCACGGUCGAUGAGCUUAUGCAGGACCAUGUGGAUUUCCUGGACACCUGUCUCAAAGAGUGCAUGCUGACCCAAGCCAAGCUGCUGAAGACUCUUUCCCGGGCGUUGAUUUCAGCCGAUCCGGACUUGGCUGGCAAGGCGGUUGAAGGCGAUCCGCGAGCCUACCCCUUUGAUCCCGCCCGUAUGGGCAAGCUCGAAGAUACUCUCAAGCGGUAUGAAGAUCAUUUCAACCGCCAUCUACGGAUUCUCAUGGACAGCCUGAAUUAUUUCGCCGCCACUGAAAGUGUGGUCUUGUUAAAGCUGGCCCACUCGUUGAGCUCGAUCAGCAAAGAAGAUUGA